GUGGGCUGCGCAGUAUAAGCUAUCGUACGGAGAGGAAAUGCCCGUCGAACAGCUAGUACAGAAUCUUUGUAAUGAAAAACAACGUUACACACAGAUUGGAGGAAAACGACCAUUUGGAGUAUCUUUACUUUAUAUGGGUUGGGAUAAGCAUUAUGGGUAUCAGCUUUAUCAGUCAGAUCCAUCAGGAAACUACACUGGAUGGAAGGCUACCUGUAUUGGAAACAAUCACCAGGUAACCAUUAUCUGUUCUUUUUUCUCUCAUCAAAUGUAUCUGAUCUCAUCGUGUUCUACGAUGAAUAUCUGCCAUUGCGAAAAUGCACAACCUCUUGUUCAAGUCUGCACAUUGCUCGCUGCUAUGUCGCUUUUGAAACAGGAAUAUAAGAGCCCCACCCUUGCAGAGGCAAAGAAACUUGCUGUGAAGGUUUUGUGGAAAACCCUUGAUGUGAAGUUGACCAGUGAAAAAGGUAAUGCAAUUGCAUACAUGUGGACCCAUGUUAACUAUACCAAUUGGUAGGG